AUGGAAACAUUUCAUUGGAUCUACAGCCCUGGAAAAGUAAUUAAUAAUUUAGGGACCAUACAGAACGUUCCAAUGGAUAUGUCAAUGGGAAGACCGAGUGCGAUAUCGGCGGGAACAGAUAGUGAAACUGACCAAAUGAUCACGCAGACCUCUUCACCCCAAGUACAAACUAGUGCCAAUAUCCACGUACGGGACACAUCUACCUAUAUCAAAGUUGGGGACAAGACAUGCGCUACACCUGAGAGGCAAAAUAACAUUUAUAGAAAAAGAAAACGGAAACAGACACACUGCCCCAGAGUUCAAAGUGUAAAUAAUGAAGACUUAGAGUUUCAAGAGGUGAAAAUUCCACUUUCGCCCAGUAAUAAACAGGGUGGAUAUGGAGAAACUUUGCCCGUCACCCCAAAGAAAAAGAAAGUAAAACAAAAGGGCACAAUUUUUCCUGGUGGGAUUUCACCAGAUGAAAGAACUCCCCAAAAAACGGAGGAAAGAAAAAAAUCUAUUGCAUCAAAAAUGCGAACAAAUAGGAGUGAUUUGUACUUCACGAAGGAAGAAGAAUAUGAUGUUCAUGAAAGAGCAGAGGCAUAUGUUGCUGCAGUUAUGCCAGAUCCACAAUACUAUCGGUUUCCAAGUCAACCAGAAGAAGAUGAUCCAAAAAUAGAAAAUAAAGAAAAUGAACCAUUUAUCAAAGAUGCUGUGCAUUCUUCAGAUGCUGGACAAAACAUAAACUCUCCAACAAGAAAACGUCGACGUUCUUAUGGGCACUCAAUCUGCCGUGUCACACACAGACCUGAUGGUCGACUGCAUGAUAUGAAUGACAACAGUUAUUUACUGCCUGAAGGAAGCAGACUUUUCAAGCCACCAAACAAACUGGUGGAACUUGUAGCUCAAGCAAUAGCAGAUAGUCCUGAUGGCCUCUUACAAGUGCAACAAGUUUAUCAUGCUCUGAUGAAUAAAUAUCCCUACUUCAGAUUUAUGGAAAAGUGCUCAAUUAACAGCUGGAGGAGUUCAAUAAGACAUGCUCUCUACCAGAAGUGGUUUCGUAAAAUGCGGUUCAGUGCCGAAUUUAUUACAAGUAAGGGUUGCUACUGGGCCUUGAAUCCAAGGCACUCACCAAAAGAAUGGACAAUGCCAAGAUCAAAGAACAGUAGAAUAGCGAUAAUUGAUGGCCUCUACAACAUAGAUUUCAACUUUUCUCAAGAAAGUGACACUGAGGAUUCUUGCAGUUUCAUUGAUGACCAAGCUCUUGAGAAUAUGGCAGCUGUUGCUAGCAUAUCUGAAGAGAAUAUACCCAACCCUAAAGAAAAGGCAACUUUGGAACCUAUGGAUGCAGAGUUUACUGUAAGUGCUUAGCCAUUUUGUUAGAUGAAAAUUUAUUUUUAGCAUGUAUUUUGCUUGUUCAAACACCACAGUAUACACAUUUGUAAAACCAAACAUUUUACAAGGAUAUCCUUAACAACAUCAGAAUACACAGAUGUACCUGUACAGUGUAUAUAAGAGCAGAUACAUGUUUGUGCUAAUUUUACUUUCCUGUUACAUUACAUUUCCAGGUGGCGGAGUCCACAGAGAGUGGCCAUGAGUUGACCACGGUGGAUGUCAAGACUCCAGAAUUAAAGGUUCCUCAGUAUGUUACAACAGCACCAAACAGUGAGAGGGACCCAGAUCCUGUUCUAGCUGGAGCAGUGCCAUUUACAGCAUGUCAUGAAUCAGGUAGGUCAUUUUUCAAGCUUAAAGCUGGCAAAAAUGAAACAAUUAUGAAAAAUUCACAUGCAAAUAUCCUUGAUCUCCUCCUUACAAAUGCCUGGUUGUUUCUCCAGUGCCAGCCCAUGCCCCAGAAGCAGGGACGCCAAAGAUGCAAACAAUGAUGCAACAGAUGUGUUCAUGGCAGCAACAACCUGGCCCUGGUGGGGAUGCUGGGGGAUAUUCUAACUGGGAAUCCUCUUGGGAAGAGUAUUCACACAAUAUACCCUACCAAGGCAAUAUUGUCCCGGGGACCAGCACAUGCUACGUAGUACCAUCUUAUUACUCAGGGACAUCCCCUGAGAAUGGGUGUUCAUUUGGUGUCAGCGGUGGACAUUUUUACCCAGAACACAAUUAUGUGCAUCCUUGGUAUAAACCAACAAACUGAAAGUAUCAGCCAAAAAUCUCAUUUGCAUUUUUUGAA